AUGGAAUCUCCAGAUAGUUCAUUUCAAAUGGAAAAUGAAUAUGAAGUCGAAAAAAUAUUAGAUCAAAAGGUUAUAAAUGGGGAUAUUUGCUUUGAAAUAAAAUGGAAAGGUUAUGGUCCUGAGUACAACACUUGGGAACCACAUCAUAAUCUUAAUUGUCCUGAAUUAUUAGACAAUUUUGUACAUGAAUAUCAUCUUAAAAAUAAAAAAAGAACGUUGGAAAAAAGUCGUAAUUUUCAACGUAAUUCAAAUACAUCCACCAUUACUAAAAACGGAACUACUUCUACACAAGUAAACAAAAAAGAGGGUAAAAAAAUCAUCACCACUGGUAUUAAAGAAACACGGAUACAAAGAAGUAAUUUGGUAGAAAAUUUUAAUAAAAGUAAUAACGGUAAUGGGGUAAAAAAACCAUUGACAUUGAUUGAAAAAUUCAACCAGCAAUCACAAUUUCCACAAUUAACUUCUAAUAAAGGACCUCGAUCUGUGGCACCAUUUCAAUCACCCAAAGCUUUUGAAUUUGAAAGAUUUCUUAGGCGCGCUAUUAAAAAUGGACCUCCAAUUUCUGUGAUAAAUGACAUUGAUGACGCCGGAAUACCACCAAAUUUUACAUAUAUUGAAAAUUACAUUUAUGGUGAAGGUGUUCCAUGUCAAGCUGACCUUAUUGAACGAUUAGUGGGAUGUCAAUGUAGAAUGGGAUAUUGUACAGCUAAAUCGUGUUCAUGUUUCACGGAACAUACGGGAGGGAGAUUAAAUUAUGACCGAACGACAUUUCAAGUAGUGUUAAAACCUGGAAAUAUCAUUUAUGAAUGUAACUCCAAAUGUAACUGCCUUUCUAAUUGUAUCAAUCGAGUUUCUCAAAGAAAAUCAAAUUUGGAUCUGGUAAUUAAAAGGAUUCCUAAAAAAGGUUGGGGUGUGGUUACGAAGAGAAAAAUUCCUGAACGUAUGUUUGUAACAUAUUAUUAUGGAGAAGUAAUAAAAUCAACUGAAGCUGAAAAACGUGGAUCUCAGUAUGAUACAAAAGGAUUAACUUAUCUUUUUGAUCUGGAUUAUAAUGCUGAAGAUCAUGAUGAAUGUGCUUAUACUGUAGAUGCUACAAACUUUGGAAAUUUCUCUCGUUUUUUUAAUCAUUCUUGUGAUCCUAAUUUGGUGGUUUAUCCUCUUAUCAAUGAUAAUGCUGAUAUUAGAUUACAUCACAUUGCUUUCUUUACUAUUAAAGAAAUUCAAAUUGGUGAAGAAUUAACUUUUAAUUACUUUGGAAAUUUUCAUCAUGAAGUAGAAGGUGGAUUAAAUAAAAUUAAAGAAAAAUAUAUCUGUAAAUGUGAUGCUACAAGUUGUAUUGGAUAUUUUCAUAAAUAA